AAAACGGAGAUGCUUCAAAAAAAUAUUUCUUCCAACAGUGAGAAUGAAACACUACACAGAUCGCAAAAUUUGACCGACAGCAUGCAGAGUAUAACCCCAACAAAAAAGGCAAGCUCAACAAAAAAAGAAGCAUUCCCAACAACAGCUAAAAUCAGUUCUGUUACCGCAGUAAAACCACCUACAGCGAAAGGUGAUUCUCCACCGUAUGUUGUCUCUCAUGCGGUGACUGCUAGUCCUGUAUCUCAAAUGGAUGUUGAUGCUUCUGAAGAUACUAAAAUUGAGGAAGAAGAUCUUCUAAGAGAUUUGAAAGACAGGCUAAAUAGUUCACCGCCCAUCAUAAAAGAAACUAUGGAGUCAGAUGGAGAUGAUGACUUUCCUUAUGAAAUGACAUCAAAUUCCAGGUACAACCCAGACAUGCUAGAAGAUGAUGACUCUGACACUAUUAGUAAUUACAACGAGGAGAUCAAGUCCCUUGAUGAGAAGAUAAAAGAUGUUUCUGUCACAGGGUUGGAAGAAGAAGAAGAAGAUAGCCAUUUCUUUUUUCAUCUGGUUGUAGUUGCCUUCAUAGUAGCUGUUGUUUAUGUCACCUAUCACAAUAAGAGGAAGAUCUUCUUACUGGUCCAGAGUCGAAGGUGGAGGGAUGGCCUGUGCUCUAGGACCGUAGAAUAUCAUCGUUUAGAUCAAAAUGUUAACGAAGCAAUGCCUUCCCUGAAAAUAACUAAUGACUACGUAUUUUGAAAGCACUGUGAUUUGAGUUUGCUGAACUUAUCACUCUUUGCCUGGCUAGUCAUGUAAUGAUAUUCAGGUAUUCUAAAUAUGCUGCUUGUACUGAAAUGAGAUGUACUCUCUUUGACCUGGAUGUUUUUGAGAUUAAAUCUCAUGCAAGAUCAAGGGCAUGAUACAUCUGUUUGCUACUUUGGUCAGGUUUUAUAUCAACUAUAAAGAACAGAGUUUAAUAAUUAGUGCUCUUUCCAU